AUGGAAACACAUCAAUCGCACUCAAGAGACGACCCAGUCGGCCUCGACAUACUGAAAGUACGAUCCACCCCAGUUCCAAAAGAUGUGGAUUUCGGUGAAGUUCUCGAAACAUAUGCUUCUCCAGAGAUGGAGAGGAGGGUGCUUUGGAAACUGGACUUCUUCCUGAUCCCCCUGAUGGGAUUUUGUUAUAUGCUACAAUAUAUGGACAAACUUGCCCUGAGUCAAUCAACAUUAUUUGGCUUAACAGAAGAUUUGGGCCUGAAGGGCACGGAAUAUAAUUGGACCUCCGCCGUAUUCUACUUCGGUUAUUUUGCUUGGAGUUGGCCCAGCUCAUACCUCGUUGUUCGACUCCCACUUGGGAAAUAUCUCAGUGUUGCAGUUUUUAUCUGGGGCGGUAUCCUGAUGUGCCAUGCGGCUUGCACCUCAUUCAGUGGAUUGAUGGUGGCCCGGUUCUUCCUCGGGGUGGGUGAAGCAUCCAUUGCACCUGGCUUUGCCUUGAUCACAGGAAUGUUUUAUAAGAGAGAGGAGCAGCCUGCUAGACAGGCUGCUUGGUUUAUUGGAAACUCAAUUGCCAGCGUCAUUGGUGGUGUGGUCGCAUAUGGAAUUGGACUCAUCACCACAACCAACGUCAGCAGUUGGCAAUUACUGUUCUUGAUCCUGGGUGCUGUCACCGCAGCCUAUGGAUUUGUUCUAUUCUUUUUCUUACCUGAUUCACCAGCAACAGUGAAGUGCCUCAACAAAAAUGAAAAGGCGAUUGCACUGCAGCGAACCUUGAAGAACAAGACUGGUGUACUGGACACUGGAAAGUUCAGAUGGGACCAGGUGUGGAAGGCUGUGAGAGACCCACAGACGUGGUGCCUUGUGCUUUACACAUUCUGUGUUAACUUAUGUAACGGUGGAAUUACCAGCUUUUCCUCAAUCAUCAUCAAUGGCUUUGGAUUCUCAAGUCUGAAGUCGCUUAUCAUGCAAAUGCCACUGGGAGCUGCACAGCUGGUCUUCCUCUUGCUUACCUCAGGAUUUGCGACAUAUGUGAAAUCAAGCCGACUGUUCAUGAUGAUGCUGAACUGCGCAGUCUCAGUGAUUGGCAUGGCCCUCAUCUGGAAGUUAGAUGAUGACAACAAGGCUGGCAGAUUGACCGGUCUUUCCCUAGGAGCUGUGUUCGCUGCCAACAUUCCUCUGUCUCUGAGUAUCAUCAGCUCAAAUGUGGCUGGUUUUACCAAGAAGAGUACAGUCAGUGCAAUGAUGUUUGUGGCUUACUGUGUUGGAAAUAUUGUUGGGCCCCAAUUCUUCCUUCCUUCCCAGAAGCCAUCCUACCCUACGGGAAUCAAAGCAUCCAUGUCUGGUCUGGUUCUGGGAAUCUUUUUCCUCAUUUGUCUUUACGGAUAUUAUACUUGGGAAAACCGUCGCCGUGAUCGACUCUACGGAUCUCCAAGACAGUUGACCGAGGCGGAGGAGCUACAGGACGAGUUCUCCAACAAGACCGACCACGAAAUAGAGAGCUUCCGAUAUGUUCUCUAA